AUGGAUAUAUUGCGCCGGCCGAAACAUGCCGGUAACCCGAAAUGGAGCGUGCUGUUCGUUCUCAUCGUGGGCAUAUCAGCGGCGCGCGAACGUGUCACGGAACACUGUCAAUUCGUCGACAACGAUACAUUGCAAUGCCGCAACGGCACCGUGGAGAAUCUCUCCCUGACGCGGGACGUCGCCCGAUUGGAGUUGGAGAACGUGCGCGGCGGCCGGCUGGACGCCACGUUCGUCCGCCAUUUGAAAUGGACGCGCAGCUCGCUGAGCGACAUCAACGACACCAUCGACAAUCCGCAGCACAUACAAACGUUGGAUUUGUCCUACAACAACUUUACGGUGCUGGCCGAUUACCAAUUUCAACAGUACUACGAUUUGGUCGCGUUGAACGUCUCGCACAAUGUCGUGUACGAUCUUCCUAGGGACGUGUUCAAAUUGAACAAGACCGUACGCGCCCGUCAGACCAUACAGAAACUCUAUCUAUCCAACAACAAUCUGAAAGCCAUACCGUUUCAGGUGUUCUCGCACUUGCCGAAAUUGCGCGUGCUCGAUUUGUCUUUCAAUCAAUUGGUCACGUUUCUCGAUCAUUUUUUCAAAUUCAACAAAUACAUCGAAGAGUUGUUACUCAACAAUAACAAUCUCACGAAAAUCACGUCGAACGCCCUCGCCGAUUUGACCGACAUCAAACGGCUCGAUCUCUCGCACAAUUCCCUAAGAUCCGUGGCCAAAGGAUUGUUCGACUCGCUGGUGCACUUGGAGUACUUAAAUUUGGCCGAUAAUCCGCUGGCGAACAUGGCCAGCGGUACGCUCAGAGGACUGUCCAAUUUGAGAACAUUAAAUCUAAGUGGCAAUAAAAUAUCUCAAUUGACGUUCGGCCUGUUGCACUUCAGCCCGCUCCUCACGACUCUCACUUUAGAUGAUACUUUAAUCGAUGUGAUACACAAUACGGAAUUCUUGGGCGUUCCCAAACUCACCAAAUUGAACAUAAGGAAUAACAAGAAAUUGAAGGAAAUCGAACAUUUCGCCUUCGCCGACACGCCGGCCCUCGUCGAAUUGGACAUCAGCGGUAACGAUUUAACGUUCCUGCCGCGCUCCAUCGAAAAUCUCACCCGCUUGAAGCGGAUCAACAUCAGCGACAACCCGUGGGCCUGCGAUUGCCGCAUGUACUGGUUCGCCCCGUGGGCCGACGAUCCCAAACGCUACAAUCUCACCAUGUCCGAGCUGACCUGCGGCCCGUACGCCUACCCCAACGACAUGCUGCCGACGUUGCAACACCUAAACUGCACCAAACCCCGGAUAGUCUUCAAAACGCCCACCAAACGCUACCGCCUCAAAUCCGACGCUCUGCUCGAAUGCCGCUACGCCGCCUACCCUCUACCGUCGAUCACUUGGUUCACCCCACAGCGGGAGGUGUACCAUUGGAAUCCGGAUCCCACCGUUCCGGAUAUAUUCCACAAGCACGCGCACGCCCACGACAAGUACAUGACCCCGUUGAGGAUCAUACCGCCCCGCAUUCAAGUCCUCGACAACGGGACGCUGUGGAUCAAGAACGUGACCAGGGACGAUUGCGGCCGGUACUAUUGCUACGCCAGCAACCCCAUGGCGAAUUUGACGGAGGACGUGCUGUUGCACAUCGAUCCGGCCGAUUGGAACGACAUCAGGAUCAUAUCGCUGAUAGUCGGCACCCAAAGCGCCGCCGGAUGUUUGGGGCUAACGCUGCUCGUUCAAUUCCUUCGGUAUUUGAUGGACAAGUUCGGCGUAUUUAACAAUUUCUGUAGUUUCUGUAAGCGGGACAGGGUUUCGCCGAGGGCGAGGCAGAUUUACGCGAUGCUCGACAACAUCGAGCAAUACAAGAGCCAGCAAUUGGAAAAGUUGAGGGAGAAUUACGCGCAGCAGGUUCAAAGGAUCAAGGAUAAUUGCGUGCAGCAAAUGGAAUGGAUCCAAAACAGUUACCAAUCGCAAACGAAGCACCUGAAGGGUUUCCGGGACAUGGGGAGCGCGCACAUCACCACCAUCAGAGGACAAUACCACGAUCAGGUCAAGAGAGUACGAGACUAUUCGACGUCGCAAUUGAAUUGGGUGAGGGAAAAUUACGUCUUCCAACGGAACAAAAUCCGAAAAUUCAGUUCCCACAAAGUCCUGCAACUGAGAGAAACCUACAAAUACCAACAGCAAACGUUAAACAAAGUGCUCGAGAACCUGCCCAGCCUCUACUUCGAGAAUUGCAGGGCCGGCACCUGCGGCAAGGCCGAAUCGCUGGUGUUCGAAUCGCAGGAGAUAGAGAGCGUAGACUGCUACAUAAAGAGCAAAAUCAGGAAAUUGGAGAACAUGGACGCCAGCAUGACCGAUCUGACGCAGAGCAGGAUGUCGCUGUAUUACACGCCGUCCGAGAGAUCGGUGACGGAACGAUCGCCCGCCGACGGACCGUCGAUCUACAUAAACUACAUCGAGAACCCGCCCAGCGGGAUACUGAUGAUGGAGGAGCCCACCACCUCCGGUUGUACGAUCAACGGGUUCGCGGAGAGCGUCGCGUCGGAGCACAGUUGCGACGUUCUGUUGCACCGCGACGGCAGGCACCAACGCGACCAGGUGUUGCCCGUGGUGCACCGGCAGAUGCAACGCGAAACGUCGCUGUAG